AUGGAGCCUCAGCUGGCCGAAGCUGCUGGCGCAGCCCGGCUCCCGGGUCUGCUGGCCCGGGGCCGGCGGCCCUCCCACCCUCCCACCCUGCACAUGGUCAUCGAGGCUCUGCGGGCCCAGGAUGAGAGGAAGGGUGCCUCUGUCAUUGCCAUCAAGCGGUUCAUCCUGGCCAAGUACCCCACCGUGGACCCCGUCCGCCUCAAGUACCUGCUGAAGCAGGCACUGAGCAAGGGGCUGAGCCGUGGGGACCUGGUGCGGCCCCACAACUCCUCCGCCAUGGGGGCCACUGGCCGCUUCAAGUUAGCCCCCAAGAAGCUGCAGCACAAGCAGCCACCGGGCCAGGUGGAUCCUGAUGGAGCACAGGCCCCGAAGCUGGGACGGAAAGGGACCACUAAGCCCCCCCGGGCCCCCGUGGCAGGUGUGCGACAGCAAGGCGCUGCGGAGGAGAAGCCGACAGCAGCGAAGCAGAAGCCGAGGGCGAAGCCUACAGAUGCCCGGCCACCAGCAGCAGUGAAGCCCAGGAGCGAUGGAGCGAAGACCCUGCAGGCUGCCAGCCGUGCCCGGGCGCCUGGCAAAGGGCGUUCAGGGCCCCCUGUGGCUCUGGCUGCGGAGGAUGCAGGAGGGGGCGAUGGUGACAGCCUCGCGGGUGCUGGGGCAAAGGGGCCCCGAAAGGCCCCAGUGGGAAAGAGCAAGGGGAAGGCACCCAAGGGAGCACAGCAAGAUGCCCCCAAGGGGAAGGGGGGUCAAGGCAAAGCGAGGAAGCCCCAGGCAGCCCGGGGAGCCAGUCAGGGGGAGGCCAGGCUGCAGAAGGCAGCCCCCACACCAGCAGGCAGGAAGGCCCCGUAG